UCCAUUUCUUUAUAAUUCUAUGGUUACUUGUGUACGAAAAACAAUGAAUUGCUUCAACUUGACAGGUCACAUGCCGAUUGUCCAAAUUGUAUGAUAUUCUUAUAUCAAUAAAAUAAUAAAACAUGAAAUUAUUAACUCACAAUUUGCUGUCGUCCAAAUGCCUAAAAGGCGUCAAAGUCGGAUAUCCACUCCGCAUUGAGGCCCAAGACGUAAAAAUAUCAGAAUCCGAAUUUAAUAUGGAAUUUGUUGCGAAAAUGGUUCCUAAACUUGAUUGGAAGGUGCUUGUAAAUGCUGCGAUACAGGCGGGCCAUGGAAAUGAUUUGCCUCAAGAAUUAAUUGAGAACUAUGAAAAAAAUGAAGAAUUUCUCAAGAAAAUUCACCAUGUACUCAUGGAAGUAGAAAUUAUAAAUGGGUUUCUCAUAUGUCCGGAAACUGGUAGAAAAUUUCCAAUUACAUCUGGUAUACCUAACUUGCUUUUAAAGGAAGAUGAAAGUGGAUAUGUAUAAAUACAAAGAACCAAGAUUGUAUUUCUAUUUUUGUUAUUUUAUUGUUAAUACUUCUUUUGCAUAACAUUUAAAAUUUCAACAACUAUAAAUGUUAUAUGAAUCCAAUAACUCAAUAAUAUAAAAUAGUUGUCAUACAAUAUGUUCAUUGUCAGUAACUCUUUUAAACGUAAAUACUCUUAACUACAAACAAAAAUAAUGAAUGCAUGAAUUUAACUUUUACAUAACUAUGAAAAGAUUUAAGGUUCAAUAUAUUGCCUUGGGACAUCAGUAUUAA